GUAGCUAUCCCGGCGGGCCGCGCGCGCGGCCGCAUUUGAAUGGCUCUGAGUGGGGCCCGGCCCGGGACCCGAGGGACGCUCUAGGCUGCCGGCGCGGUUCGUCAGCGCCAGGGUUGGGCUGAGGCGCCGCGGUACCAUGAGGCGCUGGUAUUUAAGAGAUUAUGGCAUCUGAAACCUACAAUGUUAAAAAACGGAACUUCUGUAAUAAUCUUGAGGAUCAUUCCAUUGAUCUUCCUAGAAAAAGGAUCUCUAAUUUCACUAAAAAGAACAUGAAGGAGGUUAAGAAAUCUCCAAAACAGUUGGCUGCUUACAUAAAUAGAACAGUUGGACAAGCUGUGAAAAAUCCAGAUAAACUGCAUAAGGUGAUUUAUCACAGAAAGAAAGUUCGUCAUUCCUUUCCAAGUCCUUGUUACAGAAAAAAACAGUCCCCUCAAAGUGGGGGCUGUGACAUGGCAAAUAAGGAAAAUGAACUGGCUUGUGCAGGCCACUUGCCUGAAAAAUUGCACCAUGAUAGUCGAACAUAUUUGAUUAACUCCAGUGAUUCUAGUUCUUCACAAACAGAAAGUCCAUCAUCAAAAUACAGUGGGUUUUUUUCUGAGGUUUCUCAGGACCAUGAAACAAUGGCUCAAGUUUUGUUCAGCAGGAAUUUGAGAUUGAAUGUAGCUUUAACAUUCUGGAAAAAGAGAAGUAUAAGUGAACUUGUAGCUUAUUUGGUGAGGAUAGAAGAUCUUGGAGUUGUGGUAGAUUGCCUUCCUGUGCUCACUAAUAGUUUACAGGAAGAAAAACAAUAUAUCUCCCUUGGUUGCUGUGUAGAUUUGUUGCCUCUAGUAAAGUCACUGCUUAAAAGCAAAUUUGAAGAAUAUGUAAUAGUUGGUUUGAACUGGCUUCAAGCAGUCAUAAAAAGAUGGUGGUCAGAACUAUCAUCCAAAACAGAAAUUAUAAAUGAUGGAAAUAUUCAAAUUUUAAAACAACAGUUAAGUGGAUUAUGGGAACAAGAAAACCAUCUUACUAUGGUUCCAGGAUAUACUGGUAAUAUAGCUAAGGAUGUAGAUGCUUAUUUAUUACAGUUGCAUUGAGAGAUUUCAUCUAUUAAAGACCACUUGGUUUUUUGAAACAUCCCUGGACUAUGAUUUACAAAAAAGACCUCCUCUGAGAAAUGUGAACUGUGGAAGAAAUCAAAAACAUUUUUCCUUUUAAAAGCCACAUAGUGAAACCACUAAUAAAGCCCUAACAAUCUACUUCACAUUGAAGUGGAAAAAAGGAGCAGCUUCAAUUUCAAUGAGGUGAAAGUGCACUAUGAAGAUUGUUCACCUUUGCUGCAUUUGGGAUUUAUAUGGUUAUUUGGUAACAUUGUUUGAGAACUACUGGGUCUGAAUGCAAUCUUGCAUAAGAAUAUAAUUUAUACUAUGUGAAAAAAUAAGACAGGACUUAUUACUAGAAAUUACAAAGACCAAUCAUACAUGUUUUUUAAGAUUUGUUUUAUGAAAGAGCACGUAAAUGUGUGCAGCUUAUUUUCUUAUGUUGAAAAGACUCAAAGUUAAAAACAUCAUAGCAAAAAUCAAUAUUAAAAAUUUUUGUCCACACUGAGAUACUGUGUAUGCAAAAUGCCUUAAUUAUUAAUAAACCAAUGUGUUACGAUACCAAUAUCUGCUUUAAAAAAUUAAAACCAACCAAUCUUUUGGCAUGAUAAAAUCAUGGAAUUAAAUUAGGGGUUUACAUUCCUGUACAAUGUUGGUGAAACAUAUUCCAUACCUUCUUUAAAACUUAAGAAUAUUUUUAGUAUCUCAGAUUUUUUUUCCAGAAUCAGCAUGUCUCAUAUGUACGUGUUACCUGUAUCUAAAGAAAAAGGUGAAUAUGUAUGAAUGUUUAACUGGAUGUGUCCUUGGACUUGGCUAAUUUAUAUUCACUUUUUAUUGUUUAUAGAUAUCUAAUAUUUUUCAUUUCUGUAUCAUUUAAACUUCUUUCACUUGAGUAAAUUCACUAAAUAUUUCUAUUUUUUGCUUUUUU